UCACACACAUAAGAGUUCCACAAACAGAAUGACAACAUGUUGAGAAAUAAGCACUAACUGUAAUUUCUGAUUUUGUCGUUUCUUCGGAUGAGGUACAAAACUUGCUCUGUUGUUAUAAAACUCGGACAGACACAAGCAGAUCAUCUAUAAUACAAAGGGUGUAUUUCUAUGAAUUAUUUCUGAUAUAUAUCUCUGCACUGUCGACCAUGUGAGUGGUUGGAAUUUCCUCUGUUACAGUACUCUUUCAUUUAUGGCACAUUGCUACACAUAUCGCUGGAACACUUGGUCAGCCCAGUCUCUCACUAUAGUGGCCAGAGAGCUGAUAGAGCUUUUGAACUGCCCUGGAAAUGACAGAAUGGCGGGAUCCAGGGAUUCAGAUAUUAGUCAUGUAGUGGACAACAUUUACAUCGGACCAGAGCGAGCUGUACACAGAACGGACGAACUGAAACAAAACAAUGUUACCCACAUCCUAUCCAUCAACAAUGUCCCCUUACACAGAAGUGUCACGGAGAAAUACAAUUAUAAAUUUGUGUACGGCAUGGACCUAGAAUUUACUGAUCUUCUCAGCCAUUUUGAGGAAUGUUUCCAUUUCAUAGAGGAUGCCUCAGAUACUGGAGGAAGUGUUCUGGUCCAUUGCAUGAUGGGAUGUUCUAGAAGUGCCACCAUAGUGAUAGCUUAUUUAAUGAAUAAGAACAAAGCUACCUAUGAGGAGUCAUUAGAACUGGUGAAGGGUAGAAGACCAAUGGUAUGUCCUAACGAGGGGUUUGUUUCUCAACUGCUUUUGUUUGAAGAAAUGGGUUGUGUAAUAGAUAGAACCCAUGAGAAGUACAGACAAUACAAGCUAAAGCAACUGGCCACAAAACUACAGGGAUCAACUCCAGAGGAACGAUCCAAGCUACAGUUGGAUUACUUUGAAACAGCUGAAGAAAUGAAAAAAGACGCUGUGGUGUUUAAGUGUCGUAAGUGCAGACAUUCCCUGUUUAAGCAGUCGGGGAUUCUGAAACACACAGUUGGUGAUGGAGAGGUGGCAUUUGACUGGAGAGGGAAAGUGUCUUCUGCAAAAGUAGAAAGAGCUGACGACCAAGAAGAGAAAUUGUGUGAUUUGUCGUACUUCAUUGAGCCAGUUAGAUGGAUGGCUAAAUCCGUCCAGGAGCUGGAAGGAAAGCUGAACUGUCCUAAGUGUAGUUGUAAGAUUGGCUCCUUUAUCUGGUAUGGGGAGAGGUGUCCGUGUGGGGCAUGGGUUGCUCCUGCCUUCCACAUCCAGACUGCCAAAGUGGAUAUGUGUAAACCUAGAAUUGUUCCUACCAGAUGACUCAGGAAUCUGAUGAAUUUACCUGUAAAUUGAUUAAUUAGGACCAUGGCAAUGCAUGCUCAGUCUCAGAUCAAUGCAGGAGCUAUAUAGAUUUCCUAGUCUGUGACUGUCAGUGUAAGCAUCACCUCCUCUACAGCCGAUGUUUGUUACAUAUGUACAUGUGAUAGGACAUAAAUAAUGCAUUGAAUAAUGUUAACAGUGCAAUACAGUUACAGUGAUCUACAAUUGUGUUAUUUAUGCUCAAUUUUAAACUCAUUUCUACAUUGUGACAGUGCUAACAUUUCAUUUUUGUCCGAAUAAUAAAGAACUGAAGAUAUCUU